UGCCUUUGGUUCGGUUGGAUUUCCGCGCGCUUGAACGAAAUACAAAAUUCAAGUCAAGUCACCAAAACACAGCAACGGCUCUAAGCAGAGAAGUUAUCUGCGCGCGCCAAAAAGGAAAAUCGCAAAACAAAACAAAAAAAGAAAACUUAACAUUGUCCUACCAUUUUAUAUGUUCCGUGUGUGUCCCCGUCGUGCCUGUGCCCAAGUGUUUGUAAUAACUGUAACAACUAAAGUGUCGAACAAAUUAUGCACCAGCAAAGGAUUAAUAAAAUAAUAGCUGUUUCAAUCUGACAAAAACUACACACAUAGAGAGUGAACACACAAAAGACAAAUAGGAGUAGCAGCAAAGCAGUGGAGCAACGGAAGGAGACAUCCAGUGUUUACCGUUGUCUUUUACCAUCCACAUCUCCGACCCGCAUUCGUGUGCGGUGGUCCCCUCCAGCCUCCUCAUGAAAUGCAAAAGUUGGUCCAAUAAAUUCAACAAUUUCGUCGUACGCCGAUUCAAGGCGUCAAUCAAGAGUAACGGUACACAACAACAGCAGCAGCAGCUUCAGCCCUGCAGCGGGGCCAGUAUUGCAGCCGCCUCCAUCGUCGUCUCGGCUGCAGCCUCAAGCAGCAGCAGCAACAGCGAUUGCACACAGCAACAGCAACCAUUCAACAUUGCUGCCACAACAGCAACGACACAAACGGCUACCAUGCCGGCGGCAAUGGCCAAGGAGAAAGCCACAACGCCAGUGUCCUUAAGCGAAUCGAAUUUCAUGGAAUUGAAACUGAAAGAGCAGCUGGUCGUCGUCGUUGAAGCCAUGGCCGCCACCACAGCGGCGUCCCGAUUGCAACAGCACACGUGCGGCUGUGGGGCAGCCUCUGCCACCAAUAUCGGCACCGGCAGUGCCACAACGACGCUGACGACGACAACAGAGAACAACAACAACAGCCGCUAUGGCAGCAGCAACAAGUAUCUGACAAACGGCCACACAUCGCCUUUGGCGGCAGCGGUGGCCAGCAACAGUUCGUCUGUCGCCUCAACGCCGCAGUGCAGCAAAGCUUGCUGUCGGCAUCAGUACCAGAAUGUAAUCUGCCACGAAUUGAGGCAGCAGAAGGACAUACUGGACAUGUUUCAGCAGCAGCAUCAACAGCAACAACAACAACAACAGCAGCAGCUUCAACAACAGCAGCAGCAACAACAAAAUCCUCCGCCCCGCAGAUCCCCAAAUGAUUUCAUCUUUGGGCGCUACAUCGGAGAGGGGAGCUUCAGCAUGGUCUACCUGGCGGUGGACAUUCACUCGCGACGCGAGUAUGCAAUUAAAGUCUGUGAGAAGCGCCUGAUCCUGCGGGAGCGCAAACAGGACUACAUUAAGCGGGAGCGGGAGGUGAUGCACAUGAUGACCAGUGUGCCCGGCUUCGUGAAUCUCUCGUGCACGUUCCAAGACCAGCGCUCCCUUUACUUUGUGAUGACCUACGCCCGCAAGGGCGACCUCCUGCCGUACAUCAACCGCGUUGGCAGCUUCGAUGUGGCCUGCACCCGUCACUAUGCCGCCGAGCUGCUGCUCGCCUGUGAGCACAUGCACCGUCGCAACGUGGUCCACCGCGACCUGAAGCCCGAGAACAUCCUGCUCGACGAGGACAUGCACACUCUGAUCGCCGACUUUGGCUCUGCCAAGGUGAUGACAGCGCGCGAGCGUGUCUUUGCCUCCGAGCACUGUGCGGAGACGCGGCGCGGCAACUCGGACGACGAUGACGAGGACAGCGACAAGCUGGACUACGAUGACGAGGAGUAUUACGACAAGGAUUCGGAGCUGGAUGAUGGCGAUGAUGAUCAGCAGCACACCGCCGACGAGAUGGACUCCCCGCGGCACCGCCAGCGUCGCUAUGCGCGGCGUCGCAAGGGCAGCUUUGUGGGCACCGCCCAGUACGUGUCCCCGGAGGUCCUGCAGAACGGCCCCAUCACGCCUGCCGCCGAUCUGUGGGCAUUGGGCUGCAUCAUCUACCAAAUGAUCUCGGGCCUGCCGCCCUUCCGUGGCAGCAACGAUUAUGUCAUCUUCAAGGAGAUCCUCGACUGCGCCGUCGACUUCCCUCAGGGCUUUGACAAGGAUGCCGAGGAUCUAGUCAGGAAGCUGCUCAAGAUCGAGCCCCGCGACCGCCUCGGUGCCCAGGAUGAGUUCGGCUACUACGACAGCAUCCGUGCCCAUCCCUUCUUCGCCGGCGUCAAUUGGGAAACACUUCGCCAACAGACCCCUCCUCCCAUCUACCCAUACCUGCCCGGCGUCAGCCAGGACGAGGACUUCCGCUCCAGCUACAGUGUGCCCGGGGACCUGGAGCCGGGUCUCGAUGAGCGUCAAAUCACCCGCCUGCUCAGCGCCGAGCUGGGAGUGGGAAGCAGCGUGGCCAUGCCCGCCAAACGAUCCACAGCUAAGAACUCCUUCGACUUGAGCGAUGCCGAGAAGCAGCAGCGUCUGGAGCAGCAGAAGACUGACAAGUGGCAUGUGUUUGCCGACGGCGAGGUGAUCCUCAAGAAGGGAUUCGUGAACAAGCGCAAGGGCCUGUUUGCCCGCAAGCGUAUGCUUCUGCUCACGACUGGACCCCGCCUCAUCUACAUCGAUCCCGUGCAGAUGAUCAAGAAGGGCGAGAUCCGCUGGAGUCCAGAGCUCCGGGCAGAAUACAAGAACUUUAAAAUCUUCUUUGUCCAUACGCCGAGUCGCACCUACUACUUGGACGAUCCCGAAGGAUAUGCCAUCCACUGGUCCGAGGCCAUAGAGAAUAUGCGCAAAUUAAGCUAUGGCGACUCAACCUCCUCAUCCGCCUCCUCCUCGGCCUCGACGUCAUCGUCGUCGGCGGGAGCCACCACCAUAUCCUGCUCGAGCGGCAGCAGCAACAGUCUGGCUGUGGCCGCCGCCCACUCGAAUUCAUCCGCCGCCUCCUCGAACAGCUCCCCAACGGCGCGACGCAGCUCGCCGGUGAAUGCGCCCAGUAGCCGGCAACAGCAGGAGGUGAGAACAACGGGGACGUCGCCGACAAAAAAGACGGCGUCCAAGUGAGGAAGUGGAUGCGAUUGUAAACCUACGAUUAGUUGUAGCAAUGAGAAAUUCAAUUCUAAUUUAGAAGAAAUUUAGUGCAAAGCCAAGGCAAAGCAUCAGCAGGAAGAGCGAUGAUGAAUCAAUAAUGAUGAUGAUGAUGAUGAUGGGGAGAAUAUAAAGAUAAAGAUGUCUCUAGUGCUAAUUAGAACCCAAUUUCUGUUUCUGUUUAUCGUUUGUCGAUCGUCGAUCGUUGAUCUUUGAUCGUUUUGAUUGUGCUUAGUGCAGAGAAUACUAAUAUAACUAAAGCUAAAACUAAAACUAAAGUUAAACCUAAACUAAAGUAAUCUAAUGUUAAGUAAAUUCAAUUCGAUUCGAAGCUUAAAUUAAAUAUUUAUAUACAAUAUAUAGCAUAUAUGUAUAUUCUGUAUGACAUCGUCAGAGGGUAGCACACAGCCCAUGCCGCUUACACCCCCCACGCAACGCAACCGCAACACAGCCCAUCCCCCCCCUAAGAUUUGCCUAGAAUUUAGUAUAACUUGUAAUAAUUUUUUAGUGCGUAGUUAGUCACAAUUUAAAUGAAUUACCGAACUAGCAUCAGAUUGAGAUAUAGAUCGAAAUCCAUGGGUGGGGGAGGCAAAACGGCGGAACGUUGUAAAGCGGAGCGGGAGAGCCGGCGAGCGGUAAAAUUUGAUACACGAAAAACCGAUGAAAAAAACUGUAUUUAAUUUAAUUUGUUGUGGAAAACGUACUAGCAAAAUGUGUCGAAAAUGUAAUAUAGUAAUAUUUAUAUCUCUAUAUAUAUGUAUUUGUAGGCGUAUCUGAGGAGUUUGUUGAUUUAUUGUACAUUUUUGUAUAUAAUCGUAACUAUUGUAAACCACACUAUACCACUAUAUAUAUGGGAAAUCCAACAACAAAACAACACACACAUCAGAAGGCCAGCAAAACCGCAAACAGAGAGGAUUAGUGGCAGUGCCUAGCAGACACUAGCAGUCGGGGCACUAAUGCUACACUUUCUUGUUAAAUUAUAUUAUAUAUGUAUACAUAAAUAUAUACGUGUGUAUAAUCCUAUGCUAAUUAUCAUUAUUUAUCAUUGUCAUUAUUAUGCCUAAUUGUUUAAAUUGUAACAUUUUUUCGUUUGUUUUCUCCACUCUGGAUUUUUUUUGUACAAUUAUGAUUUUCUGUAAUUGCUUAUUUGCCCUAUAAAGAAACGUAUAAGACUUGAGCAACAACCUCUAUUUAAAACAAAAACAAAAGAAAAAAAAAACGAUGAAAAAUAUGUGAGAAGAAAAAAAAACUACAAAAAAAGCUGA